CAUAUACACAUUAAUUAUCUGCCACCUUGCUACCAUAGUCGAUGAAAUAAAAUAAAAUAUUACUGGCAGUGGCAGGACAGGUUCGAGCCUGGAUUCUUGGCAGCUUACUUUCUCGGGUGCAGGUGAUCUGAUUGAUGCUGGUAUUGCUCUGCCGGCUUGAUCGGGCUCCUACCUGCCUUCAGUAUCCAGAGCCAUUCUAGAACUAGUCCCUCGUAUUGCCGAGAACAUUGAAUAUGAUAUUUUGGAGAUUUGCUGAUAAAUAGCAAACCUUGAGCUCCCCUUUCAAUGUUUUUUUCUUCCCUCAGAAUGCGACUACUCUCGCCUUUGCAAAGGGUCACCAAACAAUACGUUAGGGGGACUGACGUACAUGCUGUGGUGGGAUUUUUUCUGUGGCCAUCCUCUCCAGUUUUUAUGGCAACGCUGCCAGAUUAGACACUUUUCACCACCACCACCCAAAUAACGAACCUCACCCAAGCUACCUACCCAAUAUCAUGCGACUAACGCUUUAAUGAAACAGUACAGUACAGCCAAACAGCACUGCGACUUGAUCUUUGACUGCAUCCUUGACAUAUUGAAUAAAAAUUGUUGUAACCACUCGAGUCAUUUAAAUCGCACUGGAUGAAUAAAGCAAAAUACCAGUGAAUCACAGAACGGAGGAACUCACAUCAUGGCGGCGAGCGGCUCCGCAAACGCCAGACCCGUCCUCACCCACUUCCUGGCCAUCCCCCUUGUGCCCUCGUCGCCAGCAUCCCCGGCGCGCACCCAGCUGUCCCGGGCCCUGUCCGCCUUCCGGGACGAGGUCACCACGGGCUAUGCGGUGCCACCGGACGCAGUGCGGCCGCUGGGCACGCUGCACCUGACCCUGGGCGUCAUGGCGCUCGGCGGCAACGGCGGGGGUGACCUAUCCAGGGCCGUGACGCUGUUGAGGACCAUGAAGCCGCGGGAGGUGCUGGCCGAGGCUGCUGCGGGGAAGGGAGGAGCGGAAACCCCAAGCGGUGACGGCGGCGGUCUGACGAUAUCUCUGCGUGGCCUUUGCACGAUGCAAAAGGACACCUCAAAAGCUACAGUGCUCUACGCGCAGCCGACGCUGUCACGCCAGCCGGCAGCCUCGCCAAACACCCUCCAGUUCUUCUGUGAGCGCGUCGCUGCCAUGUUCAAAGAUGCAGGCCUGAUGGUGGCCGAAAACCGGCCGCUGAAACUGCAUGCCACCGUUGUCAACACCAUAUACGCCAAGGGUGGGCAGAGGUCUUCGAGAAGAGGCGGCGGCGGCGGCGGGAAGCGUUUCGGCAAGGACAAGGCGACUAUAGAUGCGACGGUCAUCUUGGAGAGGUUUGAGGACUACAUUUGGGUUGAGGAUGUCCAGCUGAACAGGCUGGUCAUCUACAGAAUGGGCGCAAAGAAAAUACGUCGGGAAGGUAUCGAUGGCGGUGAACAUGAGGAAGAGGACGCUGCGUAUGAAGUGGAGGCCGAGGUUGAGAUAUGAUCCUGGUCAUUUUUAAACUGACAUUGACGCCUCGCACAGUAUUGAGGCUCUCGAUGAGGAGAUGCUGAGAGAUUUAAAAGCAGCAAACGCUUCAUAUAGGACAUAUUUUGGCACCCAUACUCCCGCUGCCCAAUGUAAAGCACUCCACCGCAAUCCUCACAUAAAUCUUGGACAUAUAUCGAGCUAAUUGACAUAAUAAACAUGAUCGCA